AUGAAUGCUCUCUAUGGGCGCUUCGGAAUGAACCCCCGGGGUAAAGUGACCGAGAUCUGCUCUUUCUCUCGUUACGAAGAGUUGCUGUUUCAAUCUGGUUUUCACUCAGCAGAUAAAUUGAGUGACGAUUAUUUCGUCGUCAAUUACAAGACGAACGUCGGCAGUGAAGAAGAAUGGCGUCCCCCCCGUAAUUUAGCUAUGAAAAUUUCUGCUGCUAUCGCUGCUUACGCUAGAAUUCACAUGUAUCAAUUCAUUUCACGUGGGGACUGCUACUACACUGAUACCGACUCCGUUGUUCUUGGCUCUCCUCUUCCGGAUGAAUGGGUAUCUUCCAGUGAAUUAGGUAAAUUCAAGCUUGAGCAUAAGGUUAGGACGGGGAUCUUUCUUGCUCCGAAAAGUUACAUCCUUGAGACCGAAGAAAAUAAGGAAAUAAUAAAGUACAAAGGCCCGGCCAGAGAUUUGGUAACAGCGGAAUGGUUCAAGCUUCAACUAGCCGAUCUUUCUCGAACGGAGGAAAUACCGCAUUCUGAGAACUUUCGCAUUGAUUGGAAUUCAUUCCAGAUUCUGAAAAAAGAUACUAUGAUCAAAUUGGCACUGCCGCGCAGCAAGAAAAGAGCUUAUGUAUAUGACGAGCAGGGUUCAUGGGUCGAUACGAAACCUGUGGAUAUUAUAGAUAUGGGAAGCCCAGCUGCCACGGCUGAUUUGAAAGAAAAACUCUUCGACGAGAGCAAGAUGGAUCAUGCAGCGCAGAUGGCUUCUAGGGAGGGAGAGAUUUCUGCGAGGGAGAGAGAGAUGAUUGCAAGGAUAACUGCAAGGGAGAAACUUCUAGAGGACAGGGAGAGACGGGUAGCUGCGGAGAAAGAAAACCUGGAGAAGACAGCGAGACUAGCUGCCGAGAAGGCAAAAUUCCUUGAGGAGAAAGAAAGACUAGCUGCCGAGAGGCAGGGGGCGAACAUCUGGCUGAGAUUGCAAUCAUUUCUGAUUCCUAAAGCAGAAAUAGUUCAUCCGUCAGAGUCCGAGAAAGCGGAAAAGGAGGAGGCGUCCGAAAUGUCAACGCGGGAUAAGGAGAUAGCGAAUCCCAAACCAUACGAAUAG